AUGGGUAGACCGGCCAGGCUCCACCAAGAAACGCACCCGGACUGGGCGCCAACGCUUUUGCUCGGAUACACAAGAAAAAGUGAAGGCAUUGCCCGCUACGAGCGUGCUGCAAGGCGACGGACAAAGCGACCUACUCCCGAGGUCGACGCGGGGACCACUGCACCGUCAAGAAAUUCUGGAUUCGCCGCAACGUCGCCUGAAAAUUGCUGCGACGACGGUGACAACGGCACACACUCGGAAGACAGCCCGCCACUGCUGCAAGCUGAAUGUGAAAUCCAGGCUGCCGAAAAUGAAUCAGGAGUUGCUGUACAGGCAGAAAUGUCCAUGGCAGACGUUGCAGCAUUGGAGCUACAGUGCACUAUGCUAAAUGACAACCUGUACGCCCUGCGUGAAUACAUUGACAAGUUGGAGUGGACGGAAGCUGCAUUCAGAGAGAGUAAGCCCAAGGUCAUGUACUACACAGGGAUGGCAAGCUUUGAUAUUCUGUAUGGCAUAUUUAGUGUUGUGGAGUGCUAUGUUCCACACGGUGCAAACAACGUUCUAUCAAAGUUUCAAGAGUUCAUUCUCUUCCUAAUGAAGUUGAAACUGAAUUUGCACAACACUGAUCUCGGCUUCAGAUUUGGAGUUUCAGAAGCGACAGCGUCGCGCAUUUUUGAUAAGUGGUUGUAUGUUACAUAUUGUCGGCUGAAGCCAUACAUUUCGUGGCCAGACAGAGUUUUGCUGCAGAAGACAAUGCCACAGGCUUUCUUCGACUCCUUUGGAGCAAAUGUUGCCACAGUGAUUGAUUGUUUAGAAAUAAAAAUAGAGCGACCAUCGUCAUACGAGGCAAGAAGUGAGACAUGGUCGCAGUACAAAACCAGGAGCAAUACUGCUAAGUUUCUCAUUGGCAUUGCUCCUCAAGGUGCCGUCACCUUUAUUUCAGAGGGUUGGGGAGGGCGCUGCAGUGACAAGCACAUAACAGAACAUUCCAGCAUGCUUGACAACUUACGUCCUGGUGAUGUUGUGCUUGCCGACAGAGGUUUCAAUAUCUCGGAGAGUGUUGGCUUCUACUGCGCGCGCUUGCAUGUUCCAGCCUAUACCAAAGGCAAGAAACAACUGUCGGCAGAAGAAAUCAUGAGCACUAGGAAACUUGCAAACGUGCGCAUUCAUGUCGAGCGAGUUAUUGAACUUAUAAGGAAUAAGUUUACAAUCAUGAAAGGCACUCUUCCCAUUGAAUAUGUUGCCCGCCGAGAAGGUGAUGAUACAGCACCACUCGAUAGAAUCGUCACUGUAUGCUGUGCUUUGUCUAACCUGUGCCCGUCAAUUGUAGCAGAGUUAAAGGAAGCCAAUCAUGAAGUGGCUUCACCUGCCUCAGAGCCUCAUUAA